AUGACUGUUGUAGGGAAUCUGAAAAGCAAAAACAAUAUCCAGAAGAGAGUAAGUAAGUUUUACAUGGAAGGUCCAUGUAGAGCUGAGGGGGAGGAAAAGCCCAGUGGAGAAUCAAAGACUGAGGACAGUGAACUUGAUGCUGAAAAUGAAGGAUUAGCUGAAGAGGCUGAAGAAGAUUGUCAGAAAAUAGGAGACAACAACCUGAAGAUAGCUAACAAGAUAAUGAAACAGGCCAUUGAAAAGGAAAGGGAAGCCUUUCAUGCACUGAAAGCAGGUGAAUUUCACAAAACUGUUGAGUUGUUCACUGACGCCAUCAGUGAACCCACAACUUGCAGUCUUAUGGAAGAGCAGUUUAAAACCCGACAGGUGGGGCUUGAGGAAGAGGAAAAAGCCCCAUGGAAAGUUCUGGAGCAACAGGAGAAUGGACAGAAGAAGUUGUUGGAAGAAGAGAGAAAGCACUUGAAGACUCUGCAGGAACUGGAGAAAGCUCAACAGCAGGCUUUGGUAGGACUGAUAAAAAAACAGAAGGAAGCCAAGGAAGAACAUGAGAGAGCUCAGAAGAAACCCCUGAAAGAAAAAGGAGUUGAAAAAGCCCUAGAGGAACUAGCAAGGGCUCAGAAAAAGGCCCUGGAAGAAUUGGAGAGGCCUGCAUUAGAAGAACAGAAGAGAGCUCAGAAGGCUCUAGAGGAACUGCAGUUAUCACAAAGAAAAGCUGUGGAGGAGCAGGCGAGAGCUCAAAUAAGGGCUGUCAGAGAACAAGAGAGAGCACAGAAAAUCCUGAAAGAACUUGCAAAAACACAGCCACAAGCCUUAGAGGAGCAGGAGAGGGCUAAGAAUGAACAAAACAAAGCUAAUAAAAUCUUGGAAGAACUGGAGAAAGCAAAAAAAAAGGCCCUAGAAGAACUCGAGAGAGCGCAGAAAGAGCUCCUGUGUGAGCAAGAGAAAGCUCAGAAGAAAGCCCUGGAGGAACAGGAGAGGGCUCAGAAAGACCUGGAGAGAUCUCAGGAGCAGUGUGUUGGAAAGCAAGGGAACUUCAAGGAGAAAGUCCUUGUGCAAUGGGAAAGAGCCAAAAAAAAACCUUCCUGA